AUGAUUUAUCUAUCCCAAUCUGAUCAGCCAGGCUAUUCAACUCCCGAUUCGUACAUACGCUUGGGCUCCCCAACGACCACCACGAAUUUUGGUGACGGUGUGCAAUAUCAUCGGACGGAGACAGGUCGGGCAUUUCAUCGAGAAGAGCCGGUGUGUGCGGUGGGGGAGCGAGAGCACACACUUGAAUCCGCGCACACUCGCGAAGCUAGGAUGGACGUGAAUGGGUUGGGAGAAGGGGUGGAGAGAUUGAAUUUAGGGGAUGCUCCGGAAGCCGGUGCGCUGGCAGCUGCUGUUGCCUCGGCCGCCGUUGGGGCCACGUCGUCGCCUGCUUCGGCUUCAGGGUUCUCGAAGGCUGUGGAAGAAUCCUCCUCCAACCAGGGAGGGCCUCAGGCACCGGGGAUUGCCGGUUCUGUUGCUCACGAUAAAGACAACGACGUGGAGGGAAAGCUCUUCAUCGGCGGGAUAUCGUGGCAGACAACAGAGGAGGGCCUCAGACAUCAUUUCGGGAAGUACGGCACGCUAGCGGACAUUGCGCUCAUGAAGGACAAGUACACCGGGCAUCCGAGGGGGUUCGGCUUCAUCAAGUUCGAGGAUAUAACCGUUCUCGAUGAGAUUUUGUCUCAGGAGCACAAGAUUGACGGCAAGGUUGUGGAUGUCAAGCGCGCAGUACCCAAGAGCGAAGCGCCAGGCCCAUCCUCCAGGUCCAGCAGGCCAGCGGAGACCAAUAAGAUAUUCGUCGGAGGCCUGGCCCCAACCGUCAUGAUGGCGGAAUUCAGGAAGUAUUUCGAGACGUUCGGUGGCGUUGUUGAUGCUGUCGUCAUGUUCGACAGGCAGACGCAGCGCUCGCGUGGCUUUGGCUUUGUUACUUUCCAGGAGGACGCUGUUGUCCACGACAUUAUGAUGGGUACGCACGAGAUCAAUGGCAAGAUGGUUGAGGUGAAGCGUGCAGAACCCAAGGAGAACCGCAGCGGUCGUGCCCCUCGUGGAGAGUUCGCAGGUGGUUCUUCCCCUGCGCUAGGGGGUGGGGUCGCCGCGCCUUUCACAGGCACGAGGGGGCGGGCCCAACCGUUCGGUGCUGGUGGCCGCGGCGCGGGGGCUGGCUAUGGGGGAGGGGGCUCGUUCCCAUACAACAACGGUGGGGCUCCCUUUAAUGGAAAUGCGGCCGCCUCGUACGGCCAACAGCCAGCGUACGGUUACGCCGCGGCGGGAUAUGGGUACAACGGCCAGAUGUAUUCCGCUCCCACCCCCUACGGCUACAACGGCCGAGGGGCUGGGGCUGCCUACAGUGCCGAAGGAGGGACGACGGCAGGGUCGUUCCCUGUUACCCUUCCGCCCCAGGCGGCCUAUGGGCUCCCGGAUGGCCAGGCGCAGUAUACGCAAGCAGAAUAUGCUGCUGCCAUGCGCAACCAGCAGCAGGCGCAAGCUCAAGUGCAACAACACGCGCAGGUACAGGCUCAGCAGCAGGCGCGGAACCCCGCGGAAGGAACAUACGGCAGCCAGCCCUACUAAUGCAUUGUCAAGGGCUUGAAGAGCCCCAGCGUCACCCCUCUUCACGUUUGAAGUUUGAAUCAGCAGACUGGGUCAUGGGGGUCGAGGGGGUUCAGGGAAAGGGGGGAGUCUAAUGUACGAUGGGGAAGAGUGAGCUAUUAAUGCGAUUGUUGCUACGUGGCGCAAUUUUUUUCUCAAGAUGAGCCCCGAGGUUGAGUCUAACCCAGAACUGCUAAGGUUUACUGGCGAUGUUGCGUUGUGCCAGAUCGUGUUCGGUUGCUGUUGAACCAAAGAACAAAGGUGUUCUGUUGUAGUAGUUGUACACGAUCGAUGGUAGAGUGUGGCAUGAAGUUUCAAAGUAGAACGAGUUUGGUGUUUGUGUUCUUUUGGGUGUGAGUAGAUUUGAAAGGGGUUUGUCAGCCAGAGCUGUGAUGUACGACGAAGAGGCGUGGCCGCCGCCCGACUCGUCCGAUCGAGUCUCAGACGAGACUGAUCUGCAGCGAAGGGGCGGCGGUAUUGCGCACGAUCGCGCACCUUGGUGCAAUUUCGCUACCCCGAAAUGGUUGUUUGCUGACCUGGUGCGUUUUGCUUCUGAACUGCUGACGUGCUUGCGAUGUCUCGUUUGAUUUACUCAUGUCUUGCGUGCGCCCUACGCAGUAUUUGGUGUUGACAGGACAAGACAAGGACAGCAUACUUCACGUAAAAGUCGGUAGUUUUUCGGCAGUGCGAAGUUGCUUCGAUCUCUAUUUAUUUUUGUUCCUUGAUUGCAGCUCCUCAUGUGCCCCGCGCGAAGAGCAUGGUAGCGCCCUUACGGCAGCCGCGAAAUAAUUGGUAAACAGAGCAUGGUGGCGCUCUUACGGCAGCCGCAAAAAGAGGAGUGAGCGGAUGGAUUUUGUCUUGGAGGAGGCCUCACCGCGUUGCCGAGUAAAACAUGCAUAUCUUUUUUAGUCUGGCAGUGACGGCGCCUCCUCACCGUCACCUCUUUGAGGGAAGUAGCAGUGCCGUGCACCCUGAAGGAUUUUACCCUACCCGUGUUUUGGGUGGGUGCGAUUUGAGAUAGUG